AUGCGUCUAGGCCGGCUCUAUUACGCAUUCGCACCGUCGCACGGCUCCGACUCGUGGCCUUCGAGAAGCAAGAUGGAAGAAAGUGGACACGACCCGCAUUCUUAUUCUCGUGCCCCCAUGCUUAUAGCUGGAGCCGCAUCAUUCAUGGUUUGCGGGUUUGCGGGUUUGCGGGUUUGUGGAUACGAUACGGGGACGAUUAGCGGUAUCCUGGCUAUGCCCUUCUGGCAGGAGAGAUUCUCGACUGGCUAUCGGGAUGUAGAUGGCCACCCAAAUAUCUCAUCGGGACAAACGUCUCUCGUCGUCUCCAUCCUCUCCGCAGGCACCUUCGUCGGUGCCCUGACCGCCGCCCCUUUCGCCGAUAGAAUUGGCAGAAGAUGGUCCCUCAUCGCAGGCUGCUGGGUCUUCAACCUCGGAGUCUCUCUCCAGACCGCGGCCACCGCCCUCCCCAUGUUCAACUCCGGCCGUUUCUUCGCCGGCUUCGGCGUGGGAAUGAUCUCGGCUCUCAUCCCCUUGUACCAAUCCGAGACGGCACCCAAAUGGAUUCGAGGGGUCAUCGUCGGAUCCUACCAAUUUGCCAUCACCAUCGGUCUCCUCCUCGCCGCCGUCGUGGACAACGCGACCAAAGACCGGGAUGACAGCGGCUCCUACCGUAUCCCCAUCAUGGUUCAAUUCGCGUGGUCGUCCAUCCUCAUGAUCGGGAUGUUCAUCCUACCCGAAACCCCGCGCUUCCUGGUCCGCUCAGGCAAAUCCGAACAAGCGGCAAAGAGUCUGUGCAAACUGCGCCGCUUGCCUCUGGACCACAUCGCCAUCAUCGCAGAACUUGGGGAGAUCCAGGCGAGUCACGAAUACGAGUCGACGCUCGGCAAGGCCUCAUACCUGGAUUGCUUCCGCGGGAGCAUGUUGAAGAGACAGCUGACGGGUUGCGGUCUGCAAGCCCUCCAACAGCUGUCGGGAAUCAACUUCAUUUUCUACUACGGCACACAGUUCUUCAAAAAUACGGGUAUCCAGGACCCAUUCCUCAUCUCCAUGAUUACGUCCGCUGUGAACGUCACCUCCGCCAUUCCGGGCUUGUACGCGAUUGACAAGUGGGGACGUCGGCCUCUUCUCUUCUGGGGUGCAAUCGGCAUGGCCGUCUCCCAACUUCUCGUGGCCAUCCUCGGCACAACCUCCACAGGCCAGGCUGCCGAUGGAGCUGUGUUCUCCACGAACAUCGCCUCGCAGCGUGCAUCUAUCGCCUUCGUCUGCCUUUUCAUCUUUUUCUUCGCCGCCAGCUGGGGUCCCAUUGCCUGGGUCGUGACUGGAGAGAUCUUCCCACUCAAAGUCCGCGCCAAGGCGCUCUCCAUGACCACAGCCACAAACUGGCUCGUCAACUGGGCCAUUGCCUAUUCGACCCCUUACCUCGUCAACUACGGCGACGGCAACGCCAAUCUCCAAGCGAAGAUCUUCUUCAUCUGGUUCGGGUGCUGCUUCUUCUGCAUCGGCUUCGUGUACUUCAUGAUCUAUGAGACGAAGGGCCUCACGCUGGAGCAAGUCGAUGAGAUGUAUGAUGAGGUCAGCAGUGCGAGCAAGAGCAUCUACUGGAAGCCAACUACGACGUGGAGGGGAGGGGACGGUGAUGGUAAGAAGAAGGCGGAUGCCGCUGUGCAUGAGAAGAACGUCGAGGUGAGGCACGAGUACAAGCCUGAGAAUUAG